GCCCUUCGGGGCUCUUUAAGAGACGGCGUCACGGCGGAUAGGGCUGGAGCUGAUUGGUAGGGGCCCCCACCUCUCGUUCCGGGGGGGUUUGUUGGAGUAAUGGGGGAGGGGACAGAACCCCCCAGUAAGUUCUGAACAGAGAAUUCAGUGUCACUGAGCCGCAGGCAGCGCAGGGAGACUCAUCAGAGUGCAUGGAGCUGAAUAGGGAGGGCUGCGAGCUACAAAGGGAGCAGUGACGACUGGGUGCGGGGAGGACACCGGGGGGACAACAGGCUGAGGGGACCAAGGUAACUCAGGGACACUAUGGCAUGCCUCAGGACCACUCAUAACUUGUAGCUGAAUGGUGAAGGGACAACCUGUAUGAGGGCUGCGAUAGGGACAUCCUGCUACAGAGGGACCACAGGGACAGGCUGCCUUAGGGUUGGCAGAGGUACCACAAGGACAGGCUAGUUCUGGGUUGGUAGAGUUACCACAAGGACAGGCUGCCUCAGGGUUGGCAGAGGUACCACAAGGACAGGCUUGUUCUGGGUUGGCAGAGGUACCACAAGGACAGGCUAGUUCUGGGUUGGUAGAGGUACCACAAGGACAGGCUGCCUCUAGGUUGGCAGAGGUACCACAAGGACAGGCUAGUUCUAAAUUGGUAGAGGGACCACAAGGACAGGCUUGUUCUGGGUUGACAGAGGUACCACAGGGACAGGCUAGUUCUGGGUUGGUACAGGUACCACAGGGACAGGCUAGUUCUGGGUUGGUACAGGUACCACAGGGACAGGCUAGUUCUGGGUUGGUACAGGUACCACAGGGACAGGCUAGUUCUGGGUUGGUACAGGUACCACAAGGACAGGCUAGUUCUGGGUUGGUACAGGUACCACACGGACGGGCUAGCUCUGGGUUGGUACAGGUGCCACAGGGACAAGCUGCUUUAGGUUUGGUGGAGUUACCACAGGGACAGCUUGGUUCAGGGUUUUUAGAGGUAACGGGACAGGCUACCUAAGGGCUGGGAGAUACAAAAGAGACGGGUAGGUUCAGGGCUGAUAAGGGAGAUAGGACAGAUUGAUUCAUGGUUGGUAGAGGUAAUAGAAGAACAGAAUACUUUAGGGCUGGGUGAAAUAAAAGAGGGACAGGCUGGUUCAGGGUUAUAGUAAAAUAAAGGAAAACCAGAGUUCAGGGUUGACCGAGGAACAGGCUGGUUCAUUGUUUGUGGAGGUAACAGUGGACAGCCUAGUUAGUUCAUUAUUGUAGGGUUAAUAUAUGGAGGAACCAGUUAAAGUUUGAAGGAGUUAAUAGAGAAACAGGCUAGUUCAGGGUUGGCAGAGGUACCAGUUGGUUCAUGAUUGGUAGAGGAAAUAGAGGACGGGUUGGUUCAAGGUUGAUAGAGGUACCAGAGGAGGGACUGGUUCAGGUUUGGUAGAGGUAAUAGAGGACAGGCUGGUUCAGGGUUGGUAGAGGUACCACAGGACAGACUGGUUCAUGGUUGGUAGAGGUACCCACAGGACAGGUUGGUAGAGGUGCCAUAGGACAGGCUGGUUCAAGGUUGGUAGAGGUACCACAGGACGGGCUGGUUUAGGGUAAUUAGAGGUAAUAGGACGGGCUGGUUCAGGGUUGGUAGAGGUACCAGAGGAAAAGGUUGGUAGAAGUGACAGAGGACAGGUUGGUUCGGGAUUGUUGGGUUACUAUAUAAACAGACCAGUUCGGGGCUGGCAGCAUAGGGACAUGCUGACUUAGGUUUAGUGGAGGUAUCAGAGGGAGAGUUUGGGUUUAUAGGAACAUCAGAAGGACAGUUUGGUUUAGGGUUGGUAUAGAUACCACAGGGAAAGGCUGGUUCAGGGUUGGUAGGGGUUCCAGAGGGACAGUCUGGUUCAGGGUUGGUAGGGGUUCCAGAGGGCUGGUUCAGGCUUCAUGUAGGGGCAUCAUAGGUCAGAGAUGGUGUGGUGGCAGAUGCAUUGAAGGUCUUGGAGGGCGUAUAGGGUUGGUUAAUGGGCUGCACAGAGUCUUCCCACUGGUUGGCGUGUGGUACAUGCACACUAUGGUGGAUAUUGGUGUAGACAGGAGCAUUGUAGGGAAAUGGUUAAAGAAGGAUAAUACAGGGGGUUGUACAGUUUGAGAGAGAGAGAUGAUUCUGUUGGUUAUGAGGCUGGAUGAGUAAUGCCAGGGAUAGAAGGUAAACUGACAGAAUUCACAUCCUUUGCAGAACUUGGGAGAUCACAAGGACUAAGGCUUCUACUGUGUAGUGACAAUUAUAUCCUUAGCUAAUUGCACAAUUAUAGAAGACAACAUAAAGAUGAUACAGUUGCACUAUGUUGUGGGAGAGAUAUAAGACUCCAAGCCAUUGGACAGAGUCACCAGAGGUUUUCAGAGGGGGGGUUGAAUAGUGUGGUCAUCACAUUAGUAUAGGACAUUGUACACACUAUCUGGGUCCAGCAGUAUCACCCUGGUUGGUGUGUGUUCUGUCACCUCUGGGAAUGGGUUCACUUGCCCAGAUCUUGCUUCUGUGGUAUGUGUUUUCCAUUGCACAUGGCUUGGUACCUUUGUCCGAUUUCUACCCCUUUGGCCAUGAAGAGGGUGACUCGAUAACCCGAAGACAAGACGAUGGUGGAUCAGGAUUACUACCUAUCUCUAGAGCAUUUACUUUCUUUGGGGACAAGCACAGUGGUCUUUAUGUAAACAAUAAUGGAGUUGUCUCUUUCCUGCGAGAAGUGUCUCAAUUUACACCUGUGGCAUUUCCAAUCUCCGGUGACCGCCGCGUGGUAGCUGCCUUUUGGGCUGAUGUAGACAAUCGCAGAGGAGGGGAUGUUUUUUACAAAGAGACAGAGGAUCUCAGAAUUUUGAACCGUGCCAGCAGAGAUGUCAUCUCUUACUUUCCUGACCUGUCUGAAUUCAGUGCCACAUGGGUCUUCAUUGCCACUUGGUACAGGGUUACUUUCUACGGUGGAGAUGCCAGUUCACCUGUGAACACAUUCCAGAUUGUACUAAUUACAGACGGGCUUCGUUCUUUUACCAUCUUUAACUAUGAGACGAUAGAAUGGACAACAGGGCGACAUGCCAGCAGUGGUGGUGACAGUUCUGGAAGAGGGGGUAUUGCUGCCCAGGCAGGUUUCAAUGCAGGAGAUGGCUGGAGGUAUUUUAAUAUCCCUGGCUCUCGUACAGAUGACAUUGCAGGAAUUGCAAACACAACUAACGUAGGAAUUCCAGGACGCUGGGUAUUCCGGAUUGACAACAACAAUGUUCAGGUUGGAGGAUGCAGCAAUGCAACCUCUGUUUGUUGGACCCUUCGACCCUGUCAAAAUGGAGGUCGCUGUAUAGAUGACUGUGUCACCGGCAACCCUUCCUACACAUGCUCUUGUCUAAGUGGCUUCACUGGAAAGCACUGUCAAAUUGAUAUGGGGAGAUGCUUUUCUCAGCCCUGUCAGAACGGAGGCUCGUGUGUUGAUGUACCUGGUUCCUUCACCUGUCUAUGUCCCCCAGAUUUCACUGGACCCAUGUGUGAUACAGAGGUAUCGCCGUGUGUUUACAAGACCUGCUGGAAUGGAGGAGUUUGCCAGGACUACUAUGGACUUGCAGUGUGCCAGUGUCAUCCCAGAUACACCGGGCAAAGCUGUGAGACAGAGAUCAGACCAUGUUCUUCCCGUCCUUGCUUGAAUGGAGGGAUAUGUGAAGAUCUUGAGGAUACAUACAGCUGUCUGUGUUCUUUAGGAUUCACUGGAGCACAUUGUGAAACUGAAAUUAGACCUUGUUCCUCAUCCCCUUGUUUAAAUGAAGCAACCUGUGUGGAGUCAGGAAUUACAUACUCUUGUUCUUGCCCUCCUUGGUUCACGGGGGCCCACUGUGAGAAUGAGAUCAGACCCUGCUCAUCAACUCCAUGUAAGAAUGGGGCAACAUGUGAAGAUCUGGGCGAUACGUACAGCUGUCUAUGUACCAGAGGAUUUACAGGGAUGAACUGUGAAACAGAACUAAAGCCGUGCUCUUCUUCUCCAUGUCUAAACGAUGGUCUCUGUAAGGACGUAGGCUCUAGUUACAGCUGUCUGUGCCUGCUCGGGUUCACUGGACAGCGGUGUGAGACCGAGUUGAAACCAUGCUCUUCGUCACCAUGUCUAAAUGGAGGGAUGUGUGAGGAUACUGUUGAUACGUACCGGUGUGUGUGUCAUCAAAGGUUUACGGGGAAACACUGUGAAACAGAAGUCAGGCCUUGUUUCUCUUCUCCUUGUCUGAAUGGAGCAUUGUGUAAGGAUGUGGAUGAAAGUUACAGCUGUUUAUGUACGCGUGGAUUCACUGGGGAGCGCUGUGAGACAGAGAUCAGGCCCUGCGCAUCACUUCCUUGCCUGAAUGGGGGAACAUGCAAGAAUUUGGAAGAUGGUUACAGCUGCGUGUGUACAGGGGGGUACACCGGUGAACGAUGUCAAACAGAGAUCCGACCAUGUGCAUCCUUUCCUUGCCUUAAUGGGGGCAUCUGUGAGAACACACCUGAUGGAUUCACUUGUUUGUGUAGACAAGGAUACUCAGGCCUUCGUUGCCAGACAGAGAUUAAACCAUGUUCUUCAUCUCCAUGCCUAAAUGGGGGAGUGUGUAAGGACGUGAGUGUUACUACUUAUAUCUGUGUGUGUCCUCGAGGAUUCUCUGGUUCACGCUGUGAAACAGAAACUCGACCAUGCUCCUCAUCUCCUUGUCUGAAUGGUGGGAUGUGCAAGGACAUAGAUGAUAGCUACAGCUGUGUAUGUCCAUGGGGAUACACUGGACAGAGAUGUGAAACUGGAUUAAGGCCGUGCUUGUCAUCUCCCUGUAUGAAUGGUGCCACUUGCGAGGACAUGAGUGAUGGUUACAGCUGUGUCUGCACAGAAGGAUAUACUGGAAUACAUUGUGAGACAGAGAUCAACCCUUGUUCAUCUUAUCCAUGCCUUAAUGGAGGCACCUGUGUAAAUCAGGGUGCAAAUUACAAUUGUUCCUGUCCCCAGAAAUUUACCGGGGAGCACUGUGAAACGGAGAUCUUGGAAGUACCAGGGGCCUGUUCUUCCUCUCCAUGUCAGAACCAUGGCAUAUGUCAAGAAGCUGAGGGGGCAUACCAGUGUGAAUGUCCUGCUGGAUACACUGGUGUAAACUGCGAGAACCAUGUGUCCGAUGGCUGUGCCUGCAGGAAUGGGGGCGAGUGUGCGGACGGGAACAGCACCUGUCACUGCCUACCAGGAUACUUUGGGCUGCUUUGUGAAUAUGAGGUGACAUCACUUCCAUGUAGCAUGGGCUCCCAGUGUCCUGAUGGUGGAUCAUGCAUGGAGUAUGGAGGCAGUUACCGAUGUGUGUGUCACACAGAUUAUAUCAUCAGUAACCACACAAUGCCUUCUCCCUGUGACUCUGACCCUUGCUUGAAUAGUGGGAGAUGUGAAUCACAUGAAGAUACAUAUUCCUGUGUGUGCCCACGAGGCUUUUAUGGAAGAACAUGUGAGAAAGUAAAGCCGGCUCUGUGCAGUCUGUUUCCUUGCCGGAAUGGAGGAACAUGUAAGGAAGUCAGCGAGGAGUAUUACUGUGUUUGUCCUUAUCCAUUUACUGGGAAACACUGUGAAACAGGCAUGAGAGGCCCCUGUUCAUCAGGUCCUUGUCACAAUGGUGGCACGUGUUUCCAUUAUCUUGGCAAAUACAAGUGUGAUUGCCCACCCCACUUUUCUGGAAGACACUGCGAGAAGGCAGAGUUGGAUUGUGGACCUCCAGAGCAUGUGAAAUAUGCCCGGGUAGUAGUGACAUCAACAGGGCCAGGUGGUAGAGCUGAAUAUCAUUGUAAUGAUGGCUAUAUAAUGAGCCUGCCAAACAACACUCGUGUUUGCAGUGAAGAUGGGAUGUGGAGUGAGGCACCACAGUGUGAGGAAAUUGAUGAGUGUGAAUCACAGCCGUGCAAAAAUGGUGCAGUGUGCAAGGAUCGCAUUUCCCAUUUCCUGUGUGAAUGCCCAGAAGGAUAUAUUGGUAAACGUUGCGAAUUAGAGACGAAUGAGUGCCUCUCUGAACCAUGUAAAAAUGGAGGCAGCUGCCAGGAUUUAGCUGGGGGAUUCUUGUGUACAUGUCCUGACGGCUACAUUGGGACACAAUGUGAGACUGAGCUGGAUGGCUGUGACUCCUCUCCGUGCCAGAAUGGGGGCAUCUGUGAGAAUCUAGCAGGAUCGUACCUGUGUGUGUGUCCUAGGGGAUACUACGGCUAUCACUGUCAGACAGUGAGUGAUUUAUGCCUCUUGAACCCAUGUGGCAGCCGUGGCGUCUGUGUGUCUGGUACGGAUGGCACUGUGAGUUGCACAUGUCGGACUGGCUUUACUGGGAUCACUUGUGAAAGAGAGUUGCUGCCCCCCCUCUCUCUGUCACUUGGUGCAGUGGGGGAGAACAGUGUGUGGGUGUUUUGGACUUCACCAGAGGAAGUGCCUGGACAUUUGCCUGAUGGCUUCGCUGUGAGUUAUACAGCACUGGACGGCUCCUCCCGGACUGACUUUGUGGAGAGGGGAAACACUGAACAUGAGCUACGAGGUCUCGGCCCUGGGCGUCCUUACAACAUCACCAUUGUCACUGUGAAACGAAAUCUGAGGCACAAUGACAUCAGCCGCCCGCUCACACUUACUGCACGCACGAGACCACCAACUGUGGACAGAGCUCGUGUUAGUUCUGUCACAGAAUCUUCUGUCACAGUCGCCUGGUCACUGAACCCCCACCGACACAUUCCUGUGGCGCAUGUGCGACUGUCUCUGCAGCACCCUAGUGACAGGACACAGCGAGCUGAGCAGGAGCCUUCAGUAGGAGAGUACACCUUCAGAGAUCUUGACCCUGGAGAGAAAUACACCAUUCUAAUCAGCACUUUAAGCAGCUCUGACAAUGACAAUCCACCUUCAGAGAGCCUACCUAGUGCUCCUUUAGUAGCCUGGACACGUCCACUCCCACCAAGUAACCUCUCAGCAGUGCUUGUCACGACCAGCACUGUUCACCUAAACUGGGACACUCCUCCAGUUAACUCAGUGGAUGGUUACACGCUGAAUGUCACACACAAUCAUAGUACAAAGAGUCGUUAUAUACCAAAUGGGAAGAUGACAUCAUACACUGUCCGAGACCUGCAGCCUGGUCAGAGAUACAGGAUCACGGUGACAGCACUACGCAAUACCCCACAAGGGCCUGUGAAUAGUGAUCCCAAGACCCUACGUAUACAGACAGUGCAAAGGGAUGGGCCUCAGGAGCGUCGCUGGUCUCCACCCAGAGUAUUAAGGAACAGACCCCCACCACAGACUCCUCCAGAAGUUCGAAUGCUGACAGAAAGAGGCCCUCCUCCUGCAGAGGGUCCACAAGCACACAGAUUCACAGAGCUGACAGAUGGUAGAAAACGUAUAACAGCCAGAUUCAAUCACCAUCAUAAUAAAUCCAUUAAUAUCACAAAAGAGCCUGAAGCUCCAAUCAGAGUGGAGAACACAGAAGGCUCCCCCAUCCCCUUGAGGCAAGCACUACAACUUCAUGAUCCACAGCAGACACCCAGAGAGGCAGGAGUGCGAAGGGGCUGCCUGGAAACUCCAUGUAUUAAUGGGGGAACCUGUGUGAAUGGAGAGGUCUGUGAUUGCCCACCCGGGUUCAAAGGACAGCAGUGCCAGCUGGCCUGCAGAAAGGAGACGUUUGCCUGCACCAGACUGUAUUCAGAGACACUGUCACAUCCUGUGUGGGAGGGAGGAGUCUGUCAUCACAUUGGCAUGUUUUGCAGGUAUAGGCGGGUGUACAAGAUACAGUAUGACAUGUGUUCCAGGGAGAUCUGUGAAGGAGCUGCCAGAGGUAGACCAAGUGAGUAGGAAUGUCCGAGACUAAAGUCCCCAGUAAGCCUUGAAUAUGAGGAGCAACAAAGAAGCAUUUUCUGCAACGUGGGGAAGGAUUUGAAUGUCACACAUCCCCAUGGGAGACACUGCUGAGCUUGUUUCUCCCCCCCCUACCCAACCUCAUGGGACCCUGUAACUUCUGGCAAUGUGCAAGACACAGCUAGCACUGGCCUUGUGACACUGCCCCCGGUGACCUGGAGAGAUACCUUCCCAUGAGUGGGCCGGAAUCCUUCUUCUCUUCAGCCAAAGAUCUGUAAGACAGUCACUCCUUUAGGCUACAAGUCUGGAAGCAACUGUUCAGUUCAUCUGUCAGACAGGCAGAGUACAGGAUUGCUGACUCUGCUAUCCAUCUGGAAGGAAUCAUUCAGAUCAUUUACAGUUCACCAUCAGGAGCUCAUCACACAAUCAGCAGAUACCAAAAAAUGACUCUCCAGAGAUCAGAAGAGAGCUGGAAGCACAUCUUAUCUUAUUGUGUAUCACAAGGUUCUCUCUAGCCUUGACUGUACAAAGACCGGCAAUCUGGUGCGGUUAAUCGGAUCUGGGAAAGUGGCUUAAUACGAGAGACCACAAUUUCAUAUUUCUGUUGCUCUACUUUGUCUUCACAUCUCCACAUAGAGCCUGAAAUGGCAAAACUGCUCAUUUGUUUUUGUAGCUUAGAGAUGGAUAGAAAACAUGAAGAAUAAAAACUUGACAACACAUAUCAAGAAGUUCAUUCUGCAACCUCUCAAAUCAUUAUAGUUUUUAUAGAGACUCUAAAGCCUUUUGUGUAUGUGGGAUUGGGUCAUUUGAGUAAGGAAAGCAAGACUCAUCCUUGGCCUCUGACUCCAAGGACAACACCACAUUCCACAGAGUAGUAGCAGCAAGUGUGAUGCAGACAACGUUAUACUUUACAGCAGCCAAUGGGGUGAAACCUCCAGGUGAGGUGAUGACAAUAUCCAAAGAUGAUUGGGCUGUAACGGUGUGUUAAGUUUCGCCUUCAGGCUAGGCGCUUUGGGUUUUAUAAUAAAACAUUUUUAUAAAAU